AUGCCAAACAACGCUAUAACACUCGAUUAUCAUGGGCGCAUUGCUGUAAUUACUCUUAAUCAGCCUGAAAAGUUGAAUUCCUUCAAUGAGGAGCAGUUCUAUUUUUUAGGGGAGUGCUUACGAGAGAUAGCAAAGCACGAUGAGGUUACCAUUACUUUGCUCAUUGGAACCGGACGUUUCUUUUCAUCCGGCGCGGAUGUAUCUGAUCUGGGUAAAGUAAUGGCAGCGCCAAACCGCAAAGAUAUUUUGGCGGCGUCGUUGUUCAACAACGUCGAUCUCACCCGAGCGUUUUAUACGCACCCUAAGAUUUUGGUAGUGGGCCUUAAUGGGCCUGUUGUCGGGUUUCCAGCGGCAUUGAUCUCGUUUGCCGAUUUUAUAUACGCUCGGCCUCACGCAUACCUCCUUCUUCCAUUCUCAUCGCUUGGGUUUGCAGCCGAAGGAGGCGCCUCACGUGCGUUGCGAGAUCGCCUCGGCGUAACAAAAGCAAAAGAAGCUCUGAUGAUGAGCAAGCGUAUCCCUUCCGACGAACUUCUGGCAUGUGGGUUUGUUAAUAAGAUUCUUCAGCCGCUCUCACAUGGAUCGAAAGCGAGUGGAGCUGACCCGUCAGAAUUCUUGCAACAAGUCCUCAAAGAGCUCGAUAAAGACCUUGGUAGUCACCUUAGUGACUCCAGUCUGGUGGAUAUCAAGACACAGUUCUUCCAAGAUGACAGACGGACAUAUGAGCAUACAACUGUGCAGGAAGCAUAUACCGCGGUGGAGAAGAUGUGCGCGGGAAUCCCUCAAAAACAGAUGCAAAGAAUAGCCGCCGCGCGAAAGACAAAAUCUAAAUUAUGA